CAGUCAGCCAUGGAAAAUACAGAGACCGUUGUAUUUCUGAGCAGGAUUGUAUAUUCCUAGGAUCAAAGUGCGAGAAUGGGAUAUGUGUCUGCCAAUCGGAACUUCCUGCUACAAAUCAAGUCGACAAAUGCGGAAAAGGGGCCAACCUCAACGAAUCUUGUUUUUUCAACGAACAAUGUGAACUAUUUAACCCAGUAACGGAAUGCAGAGACGGGGUGUGUAUUUGUCGGUUCGAAAAGGAGGGUAUAAUAAAUCCCGACGGAACAACCGACUGUAUUGCCAUCAAUACUCCUAUGGCUCCAGAACAGUACGUUGCUCCUACAAUGAUUGCAAUCCUCGUUGUUAUGUGCUUGAUGUUCAUCAUUCUGUGUGUCGUAUUGAGAUUAUUUAGCAGAGAACGCUGGAGAGAAAAUCGUACAAUAUUUAACACUCCGAAUCCUAGAUUAAUGAACGUAUCACUUUUACGAGAUAGCAAACAUGGAGACAGAAGAGGGUCCAAAGCAAGUGCAAAAGGACCCAGCAGACACGCCAGUAUGGGUUCUCUAAGAUUAAAUUCACCAAGUUUACAAGGAUUGAGAAGGAAUUCCAAAACAGGUAGCAACAUGUCCUUGAAGUCGACCACAAAGAGUCCUGUGGAUGUAACGGCAAAUCCCAUCACCACUCCAACCCUGGAAAAGGUAACCGUGGAAAUUCGUAAUGCAAAAGCUUAACCAUGGAAAUCGAUUUUACAAAUGUGAAAAUAUUCACAAGAUCACUGCGAAUGGACGAAAACAGCGCUACAUACAUAUAUUAAAUAUACUCAAUUAUUUUCCAAUAGUUAGAGCUUGUACACUCUUAACUCUUAACUAUAAUAAUUAACAAUGAAAAAGGUGAUGCAUGGGACCAUUUAGCAUUGUCCGACCAUCACAAUAUUAUCGCAUAAUUAUUCGAUAUCAUGUUUAUUCAAUAGCUUUUACGAUAGUUACUUAUGUAAAAAUUAUUAAAACAGAAACAUCCUUUUCUACAGUUGCUAUGUUAUAUAAUUAAGCACCUGAAACUAAUUAUAUGAAUUGCACAAAAUUAAAAUUGUUGCUGUACUUAUUGACCUCUUAAAGGUAUUUAGGGUUUAGCUUUUUCGAUUUUUCUCUAACUUUAAGAAGAAGAACUAAUAAAAAUUAUGGACUGGAUCGAACAGAAAGUAAUGGGAAAACUUUUUGGUCUUUACAGUCCUCUAAAAUACAAAAUAAUAAUAAAUACAAACCCCUAACUUUCUCAACGGUUACGUAUUUACUUACUUAAAACUUGUUUAAAUUAUACUCUUCGAUGAUAAGGUCUAGCAAGUAUAGUUUUGAUAAAUUUCAUUUCCUACUGCAAACUUUGUAUGUGAAAUGUAAUUAUUCUAAUUGAUAGGUAAAAAAUGUUUAAUCGAUAUCUUACAAUAGGAAGUAAGUGAAUGCUUCGUUAUUAUACAAAAUUACUAUCGUACCUCAUCGACUUCAUCACAUGCUCUAUCUUCGUAAGUUAGCUUAGCUCCUUUUUACUGCAAACUAUUUUACCUUGUAAUGCCAAUACUUGUAAUAAAAAUAAAAUGUA